AUGGCUGGCGCCGGCCGAAAGGAACGCCAGGACUGGGCUUGCAGGAGCUGCACGACGAAGCGCGGCAAGCCGCUCAUCAACUUCGGGACCUCGCUCAAGUGCCAAGGGUGCAGGCUCCACAAGAAGGACGUGUACGGCGGGCCUGUGCCGCCGAAGGAGCCCUCGAUGCGGGCCCCAGCCAAGGGCAAGAAGCGGGCCCCGUGGACGGCUGAGGGCAAGCUCGAGAGCGAGCUUGCGGCCAUUCGGGCGGAGCUCGACGCUGCCAGGAAGAAGCUUCGCACGCAGGAGUCCGACCAGGGCGGGGCCGCGCCCAUGCACGUGGACGAAGGCAAGUCAGGCGAGGACGCCUCGGCUGCGAGCGAGAUCAAGGUGUGCGAGGCAGGCCUGGCCACGCUCAAGGACGUGCAGCACGACUGGGCCACGGGCCCGCGGGAGGAUCUCAAGCGCAGGCUCGCCGCCGCCAAGGACAGGCUCUUCGCCGCCAAGCCGCUCCACGCGCGGGUGCAGGCGCUGGCCCACAGGCAGAAGAAUCUGGCGGACAAACUCAGCAAGAUGGAGCUGGCCGAGCGCGAGGCGGAGGACCGUGUCAAGAAGGCGCAAGACGAGCUGGAGCUCAAGCGGCAUGGUGUCAGAGAGCUCAAGGCGCAGCAGGUGGCCCUCCAGGCGGAGCUGUCGGCACUCCAGCAGCAGGUCCCAGUCGCGCCAGAGGAUCGUCCGCCUGGGCAGUCCAUGGAGCACGACGUCAUCAAGAACACGGGCGGCCUCACCCUCGGCGACCUGGCGCAGGCCCUCAGCGGUGCUCUGGCCGCUCACCCCGACGACACCAUGCAGACCGCGGGCGAUUUGCCGCAGCGGCUGGCCUCGGCGCUCGGCGGGCCCCUCCAGGAGCUCAUGCUGCGGCGGCAGCGCGAGCGGGCCGCCGCCACGGAGGCAGCGAGCGCCCCUCGCACCCCUGCAGCGUCCGUCGAGGGAGACGACGCCGCCGCCGCCGCGCAUGGCGCAGGCACUGCAGGCGGCGCCGCCCCUGCAGCCGCAGCGCCGCGCUGGGAUCCCGCCGCGAUGGAGCCCGAGAAGCUGCGGCAGACCAUGGCGGAGUUCUCGCCAGGGCCAGCAGAGGAGACCAGCGACGCCAUGCUGGCGCGCGCCACGGAGCUGGCCGUCAGGGGCACUAUCACUACCAGCAACGUGACUUCCUGGGGUUCAUUGGCGCCGUGCCUAAAGACCCUCGAGUCGCACGUCGUUCUCGUCCAGGAGCAUCACCGACGGGACGAGGCGAAGCUCGCCGACCUGCAGCACGAGGUGCUGGAUCACGGGUUCGCGGGCAUCUGGGCGCCAGCAGUGGCAGGCCCCACCUCCGCGGAGGGCACUACGGGCGGCGUCGCGGUCUUGGCCCGCAAGAACAUCCCCGUCACGGCCCCGCCGCUGCUGCCCUCGGCGACACUGUGGCCAGGGCGACUGGUGGCCGCCCACGUGCACUGGGGAGUCCGUGGCGGCAUUGUCUUCGUGUCGGCCUACCUGGUCGACAGCGUUGGCAUGAACGACGUGAACCGAAGCAUCUUCGGCGCGCUCACUCGCUACCUCACGAAGCUCACUGCCUCGGGCAUCGAUUGGAUCGUCGGCGGCGACUUCAAUGGGCCUCCCAGCUGCCUGCCCCUGGCGCAGUUGGAAAAGGCGGGGGGCCUCUGGCUAGCGCCGUCGGCCGACACCUGCCGCCCACAGGCGGGCAGCGGCUCGGUGCUGGACUACUUUCUGGUCGGUGCAAACCUGUCCAGCCGCAUCUCGGCUCCGAGAGUGGAUGAGUUGGGCAUCACCUCCCCGCACCUCCCUGUCAACAUGGAGCUGCGUGCCGCCGACCUGGACAUGCGCGUGAGGAUCCCGAUCGCCCCCAGGGCGAUUCCAGCGGUGCCGCCCAUCGGCUGCAGCCGCGGCGUCGAGGACUGGGCGCCCACUUUGGCCCAGGUGCGCGCCACAACCAGCGCCGAGGAGCUGCCAGCAGCCUGGGACGCCGUCGUCAGCACCUUGGAGCAGGAGCUGUUGGACCGCUACGACCAGGUUGGCGAAGCGCGCAGGCGGUUCGAAGGACGCGCGGGGCCCAUUGCGACCAAGCUGGCGCCAGUCAAGUGGAAGCCGCAAGGGCAGCGUGUCCGAUUGGGGCCUGAUGUCAUCGCGGCCAAGGUCGCGGGCCGAUGGGCGCGACACUUCAUGGGGGUCAGCGCGUUCCUCGCGAAGGCCAGCAGGAGGCUGCAAACCGCCAGCCUGCAGUGCUCCCUUGUCCCUGAGCAGUACCACGAGCUGGCGGACUUCGUCGUGAGGGCUUUGGAGUAUGGGCGCGUGGUUAUGGACAGCAAGAAGACGCUGGCACUGCUCCCGCAUUGGGUGAGGUCCUUCUUCGAGCAGGGCUUUCGCGUGAUCGGCAACACCGACUUCCUGGAGCAGGCGGGCCGCAUCGUCCAGUUCGCCAAGGACGCCCACGCGGACGCGCUCAAGGUCAGGCAGCAGAGCUGGAUCCAGUGGGCCAACGACAGCCUGCGGAACGGCGCUGGCAAGGCGCACCGCUUCACCAAGCUGCGGGCGAUGCAGGAGGUGCUGGCGCAAUGGCAGGGUACCCACACCGAGCUCACCACUGGACGGCUCGCCCAGACCUUCGUCCCGCAGCAGCAGGUCGCCAGCCAGCACCUGAUCUGCGACCGGGAGAUGAAGGCCUGGGAGGACGUCUGGUCGUGCCACAAGCUCGAGGCGCUGGAAAGGCCAGCUGACUUCGUCGAAUGGGACGACCUCGAAGACCUCACCGUGGAGGCGCUGCAGCGGGCCGCCUGCAGCUUCCCCACCACCACGGCGCUCGGCCCAGCGCAGAUCGGUAUGCGCGCGCUCACCUUUCUCACGGACGACGGCGUUUACACCUGCGGCCAGCUCUUCAUGAAGUGCGAGGCGCUGGGGGCUUGGCCCAGCGAAAGGCUGUGGCACGCUAUGUGCCGCAUCCCCAAGGCCUCUGGCGGCUGCAGGCUGAUCACGCUGAUGCACUCGCUAAUCCGAUGGUGGUCGAGGGCUCGUGCCUCGACGUCCAAGGCGUGGCUGACGGCGCACCCCAAUGCCAGUAUUUGGGGCAUGGGCGACGGCAGAUCUUCCUCCGACUCCGCCUUCGACCUCAACCUUGAGACGGAGGUAUCGGACUGCCUGGACGAGCACGUCGUAAUCGUCAUGCUGGACGCCUGGAAGUUCUUCGAGACGAUUAAGCCCGAGUGGCUACUCAUCGAGGCGCGGCUGCUGGGCAUGCCGCUGCGGUUGGUCUGGAUGUUGAUUGAGAUAUACAGGCAGCCGAGGCGGCUGCAAGCUUUCGGCUCGGUGUCCUACGCGGUCGUGUCACAUCAGGGCGUGCUCUCAGGAUGCACUCACGCCUGUGCCAUGGUCACCUUGCUCAUGUUCAGGCUGCUCGAGCAGGUGCGAGAUGCAGGCGUCACCCCGAGGGCCCUCAUCGACGACGACACCUUGCAGUGGCGCGGGAGGCGGCUCUCGCAACUGGGCGUGCUUUGGGCGGCCACCACCAGGUUCCGCGAGGGCGCCCAGGAGCGAGGCAUUGUCGUGCAGCCCACCAAGUCGGGCUUCUUGGUCUCAUCGGACGCGGCUGCUCGCGAGUGUGCCCGACACGCGGCGGCCCGCAAGCUGACCAAGAUGCGCUGGGCCCGCAACCUGGGGCACGAUCUGGGCGGGCGCAGAAUCGCUAGGCUCCAGACGGCAAAGCGGGUGCGGCAGCUCAAGGAGCGGCGCGGCAAGGACGUCAGGAUGCAUCUGACCGGCGGCGUGCAACGCUGGCAGGCGAGGCAGAUCGCGGCGCACCACCGCCAGCACGGCGAGGUCAAGCCUCGGGUGCGGGCCAUGCGGCUCUGCGUGGGCGACGGGCGCGCGGCGUUGGCGGAGGGCCCGUCGGCCACCAGCCUGCGUCACCACUGGGCGACGGUGGCCUGGACGCAACAGGCCCAGCACGACCUUGGGCUGGCGGCGGCGCCGAAUUGCAGGGCCUGCGGACAUCCGUCCGACUCGCCUGGGCACAGAUUUUUCGGCUGCGAGGUACUCGAGCAGCCGCUCACAGAGGAGGAGCAGGACGAGCAGCUGCCGCCCGAGCCGAUGCAGGCCAUCCGCACCUUCAUGUGCGACAAAGGCCUGCAGGAGGGCGGCAGCUUCGAGAGCGCCGACGUCCAAAUGUGCUUGCCCUGCAUGCCGCCAUUCGUGCCGCCCGCCGCGGAGCAGGCCGAGGUGAAGUUCUGGGGCUGCUGGCCUAGCCAAGGGGCGGACACGGACAUGGAUGCGUACUUGGACCGAGGCCCCCACCCGCUGCUGUACUCUGGCAACAUGUGGGCCGACUGGUUCGCUCGGCAAGGAGCCAUGCAGCACACCGUGUCGAAGGUGUACGAGGAGUUCUACAACAUCGAGCUGCGACACUACAAGAGCCUGGCAAAGUACGUCGGCUGGGCGAUGCAGAGGACGAUGCACGCAGGCCGCUGGGAUGCGCCCGAGCAGACAGCCCGCCCGCCAAAGGUGCCCAAGGUGCAGGCGGCGACUGUGAUCAGCCACUCCCUGGUUCGCCUGAACGGGACGGCGGUGGUGCUGUGCCGCGCUUGCUGCAGGCAGACCAGCGGGCAGACGGGGCCCACAUGGACGCAGUUCGUGCGUUCAGCUUGCGAGGCCAGCCAGUACACCGCGCUGCGGGCCGAGGCCAUCAUCGCGCACGUCGGCGCGCAGCCCAUUGUGGUCUCGGAGGCGGGCGAGUUCGCUAUGCAGGCGAUCGAGCGCGCGGCGUGCCCCGAAGAUGCGGGGCCCAGGCCAGCCGAGCCUGCCCCCUGGGGCUCAGGGGACGGCGCCAUCGAGAUGCAGGGGCACAGGCUGAGGCGCGCAGGGCCCACCAUCUACUGCGAGGUAUGCGUGGCGUGGGCGGCGACAGGCUCCUCACUGGCCCUGGCUGCGCCCUGCGCUGGCCCGCCCAGCGCCGAGGGCAAGAACCAGCGCACCUACCUGUCCAACCUCAGGGCGCGGCUCAAGAAGCUCAGCCAAGGGCUGCACCCCAAGACAGGAAAGGUGCUCACUUGGGGAGGAGCAGGCGAGGCUCCAGACGGCCCCAGAACAUGGGCCACAGCGGCGGCCAGCGCGGCCGCGGGCGACAUGGCCUCUGGGGGCGACGGCGCUGCAGAGCGGCCAAGCGGCAGGCACGCGCAGAAGGAACAGGGCGAGGCGACCAGGCCUGGCCAGGACCACGAGACGCGCGAGGUGCCUGCAGGGGCUGGUGGUUCCGACGCAGUCCAGACCAAGAAGCCUGCUUGGCGGGUGCGACGGCAGGAGCUCCUGGAACGGAUGCAGCGAAGGCAGCAGCAUCUGCUAGCCGAACGUGGUCCAGCAGCCGCCAGCGGCGCGCAGCGUGAUGAGGGAGACAUGGCCGACGGCAGCUUGCCCUCGGCCUAUGGAGCGCACCAAUGCCCCGACGGGGGCACCACUGGACUGGUGACGCUCCAGCCGCCGCCAGCUGCCCCAGACGUGGGGAGGUGUGACCUGGCACACGAGGUGACGCUGACCACGGACCACCAGGAGGGCGCCGUGACCAGCCCUCAGGACAUGAGCAGCCCGCCGCAGCCGUUCUCGACUACCGAUCUGGCCAGCACCAGGGGUGGCAGGGGACCUGCAAAGUGCGGUCGCGAAUGCGGCCCCGCCCUGAGUGCUGGCAGGUCUGACAACUCGCAGCGGGCGCUGCCAGGCAUGGCCAGUGACAAGGGUGGCAGGAGGCCUGCAAGCCGCGACCCUGAGUGCGGCCCCACCUUGGGCACUGGCGGCCACGGCAGCCAGGCCCACCGCGUGCGGCGACGAUUUACGGCCUGGGCCAGGGGUGGCAGGGGACCUGCAAUGUGCGUGCGUGAGUGCGGCCCCGCCCUGAGCCCAGGAUGCGACGAGGACCGCGACGGCAAGGGUAUGGCCAGCGCCAGGGGUGGCAGGGGACCUGCAAAGUGCAGUCCUGUGUGCGGCCCCGCCCUGGGCACUGGCAGCGGGUCUCUGGAAGCGGCGUCGCCUGAGGAGGACCAGCGGCAGCCGCAGCUGGCUUCUGGGGAGGCGUGUCCACGUGCAGCUACGGCUGGUGCCAGGGGUGGCAGGGGACCUGCAGUUUGCGGUCCUGAGUGCGGCCCCGCCCUGAGCACCAGCACCCACCCCGAGCGGCGACGGAUUGCGGCCUGGGCCACGGGUGGCAGGGGACCUGCAAUGUGCGUGCGUGAGUGCGGCCCCGCCCUGAGCCCAGGAAGCGACGCGGACCGCGACGGCAUGUGCAUGGCCAGCACCAGGGGUGGCAGGGGACCUGCAAGUGCCGACCGUGUGUGCGGCCCCGCCGUGAGUGCUGGCAGAGUUGCGGUGGCUCGGCCUGAGCCAGCGCAGCCGAGGCGCAGCGUCGCGCCCAGGCUUGAGCUGCAGGUCGCUGGAUGGGCGCGGUACUGGACCCAGGCUCCCGAGGUCGGCGAGACGAUGGAGUGCUACAGCGAGUGGCUCGACCACUGCGUCGGCUACGUCACGCAGAUCCUGUCCCAGCCGCGCUUCGCCACCAGGCUGCGGGCGCGUGGGAGGACGGCCGAGGAGAUGGCCGAGGAGAUCUGCGAGCGGGCCUGGGGGACUGGCAUGCCCGCGAGGCGGGCCUACUACAGGUGGCGCCACACGCUGACGCGGCCGCAGAGGAUCGUGUCGGACUGCAUGCGGCGCUACGACUACGUGUGCCUGCGGACGGCAGCCACCGCCCACUGGCCCGCUCAGAGCGCCUUCGGUGCCGUGGAAUGCGGGACGCAGGAGGCGACGGAGAAGUGGUUGAGGGUCGGCCUCCCCUGGCACGGGCAGCCGCUGCGCGCUGCGCGGCGGUCUGGCCCCGGCGCGCCGCCCUUCGCGUCCGUCGACGUGAUCGGCAUCACUGGCCUCCCCUGA